AUGCACGGGGUUGCGACCGGUAACAUCCAGCAAACGCGCUUUGUCGCACUCAAGGGGUUGGCACCGAGCCAAGCCAUCAUUCAUUCAAAAGAAGGACUCUCACUUUGCGUUGCGAAAUUUCUCUGCGUAUCCUCUCUGGCUACGCAUCGACCGCGUCGUGCGGCGCAACGCGCCCAAGAGAACUGGCGCAAAUUUGAAUGCAUGUACUCUGUUGCACCCCCGGUCCCUCAGAACCAAAUUCUGAGUGAAAUUGGCGCGAAAUAUAUUGAUGGAACAAAACAACCACCAACGCAUACUGUUCCUAAAGUAUACGAUUGGCAGUUGCAACAUACUGAACCAAAUACGGAUCCAAUCACCAGCCACACAUAUGUCGUUAGACAGUCGGAUAAUCGUGUGGCAUCUAUUUUGAUUCAUGAGGAUACGUCCCGUUUUGGAAAAUGGCAGACAAAAAUUUAUUUUGGAGUGUGGGACAAUACAGAGGGAGAAUACGAUUGGCAUCCUCAACAUACUGAACCAAAUACGGAUCCAAUCACCAGCCACACAUAUGUCGUUAGAGCCACUGAUAAUCAUGUGGCAUCUAUUGUGAUUGAGGAGAAAACGUCCCGCCUUGGAUAUUGGUACACAACAAUCUAUUUUGGAGUAUGGGGCAAAAUAGAAGAAGACUCGAAAUCUUACCCAGGAGUCAAGUUAUUUACGAUUUAUCCCAAAACCCCAAAAAUUGACGAAAAUGGUGGUGCUAUCAUUAUGACGCGGUGUGCAGACAGACUUUUGGUUACUGUAGUCCUAAUACACUUGACUGGUACUUGA